AUGCUCUCUACAAAGGCCACAGGAACACCACCUGUCGCACGGAAAUGGGGUGUCACUGUACUCACCCCAGGCGCCGUUGUGUUUGCGUCAAUCAUGGCACUUUUUCUUCUUUCAACAGAUUCCCAUUUCAACAAAAAUGGACAGCGUGCUAAGAUCGACUACGAGACAAAAUUCAAUCAUUAUAAGGGAAUCCUCCUCCAGGGUGCCACCAAUCCCACCAUCAAGGCGACGCUCGCGCACUUGAACCAGCGCGUUCUCUCAACCACCGUGCAAGCAAAUUCAACAUCGGCCAUUUCUGUCGACAGGGGCCAGCAAGUUGGGAGCAGCAUAUCGGUAUUGUUGAUGAAGAUGCGACUUGCCGACAAUAAUUUUACAGCGUACGGAGAGAGCAUCGGCGGUGAGACUGGAGACAAUGGAGAGGUUGGCAUUGAAGAUGAAGACCAGGACAGCGAGAUAGGUGAUGAGGAUAACAAUGACAAGGGUGCCGAAGAAGCAGAAGAUGACCUCUACGGUGCAGACAACAGCAGGUUCGAUGAUAGAGAUAGCGAGAAGGAUAAGGACAGUGGGCUCCCAGCAGUCGCGCACCCCACCAUCGCGCACCUGCUAGCUAGUGCAUGGCAUGCUGCUGUACUGCCUACCACAGGUACUCCGAACCUCACCACUCUCGUUGCUGCACCCAUGGCUGCUGCUGUGCGACAUCCUGUGCAGUCUGCAGCACCGCCUCCAAUCAAUGUGCUUCCACCACCCAUGAUCACACUUCUGGAUGCCAGCCGCCACCAAUCCAGUACAGGACAGGCUGUUGCAGUGUUACCUGUUCCCACUCUUCAGCCUGUCGAUGUCACAAACGGCUAUGCACGGACCAAGUAUCAGUGGAACAGGAACGCGAGGUAUAGUCGGGAGAAAGGUCCUACGAGUCCUUAUCAAGAAGGUGGGAAAAAGCCGUCAGUGCCAGAGACGUCGAGUCAUGACGCGAUAGCCCUUGAGUACGGACGUCAUGAUACCCCACCUCGUUACCAACCAUGCGGGGACUGCGUUCUAGAGCCGAGUCCCUCUUCUCAUCAUGGCAGUGGGUACCGGCCCAACGGAUUCGAACCGUCGUCUGCCCCGGCAGUUUUACGUCGUACCGGACGUCAGCGUCUCAUUCUUCAAGCACCUCGAGGACGCAGGACGAUGGGUUGGGUGUCGGACUCGCUGGAGUCAUACUCGACGAAGGGAAGGGGAGGUCGAGUUCGGGUAGAAGGGCGGAUCAAGCCCAGUCGUGCGGGUAUGACGUGGUAG